UCUCCUCUUACUGCGCCUGCGCGCGCGCACUGUAGCCCCCGCCUCUCUAGCUGGGACGUCGGACGUUUGCUGCUAAGGCAGGCUGCGCAUGCGCCCUUCCGGCCUCAGCCUCUAACGCGGUAAGGGCUACUGGAAGUACCGGGUGGUCUGUGCUUGCAGCCGAAGGUGCAGCGACGGAUCGGCGCAAAGUGCUCGGAGACUGAGAAAAGGCGAGAGUGGCGCUGCUCGGCUGCUUGAACCAGAGGUACAGUGCUUCCUUCCGGCCCGCGCGCUUGCGGACGGACCCCGCCCCCUUCCUGGCCUGGACUCCCUUCCCUCUCUGCCCUGUCCCCUCCGGGCCCGCUCCGGCCCUGUUAAGGUCAUGAAGCUCGUUAGGAAGGACAUCGAGAAGGACAAUGCGGGCCAGGUCACCCUGGUCCCCGAGGAGCCCGAGGACAUGUGGCACACCUACAAUCUGGUGCAGGUGGGCGACAGCCUGCGCGCCUCCACCAUACGCAAGGUGCAGACCGAGUCCUCCACCGGCAGCGUGGGCAGCAACCGUGUCCGCACCACCCUCACGCUCUGCGUGGAAGCCAUCGACUUCGACUCGCAGGCUUGCCAGCUGCGGGUCAAAGGGACCAAUAUCCAAGAGAAUGAGUACGUCAAGAUGGGGGCUUACCACACCAUCGAGCUGGAACCCAACCGCCAGUUCACCCUGGCCAAGAAACAGUGGGACAGUGUGGUUCUGGAGCGCAUCGAGCAGGCCUGUGACCCGGCCUGGAGCGCUGAUGUGGCAGCUGUGGUCAUGCAGGAGGGCCUCGCCCACGUCUGCUUAGUCACUCCCAGCAUGACCCUCACGCGUGCCAAGGUGGAGGUGAAUAUCCCCAGGAAACGGAAAGGCAACUGCUCCCAGCAUGACCGGGCUCUGGAGAGGUUCUAUGAGCAGGUGGUCCAGGCCAUCCAGCGCCACAUUAACUUCGACGUUGUAAAGUGCAUUCUGGUGGCCAGCCCGGGAUUUGUUCGGGAGCAGUUCUGCGACUACAUGUUUCAGCAAGCAGUGAAGACCGACAACAAAGUGCUCCUGGAAAACCGAUCCAAAUUCCUUCAGGUACAUGCCUCCUCUGGACACAAGUACUCCCUGAAGGAAGUCCUUUGCGACCCUACAGUAGCUAGCCGCCUCUCAGACACCAAAGCCGCUGGAGAAGUAAAGGCUUUGGACGAUUUCUAUAAAAUGUUACAGCAUGAGCCUGACAGAGCUUUCUAUGGACUCAAGCAGGUAGAGAAGGCCAACGAAGCCAUGGCAAUUGACACGUUGCUCAUCAGCGAUGAGCUCUUCAGGCAUCAGGAUGUAGCCACACGAAGCCGGUACGUGAGGCUGGUGGACAGUGUGAAAGACAAUGCCGGCACGGUCCGGAUAUUCUCCAGUCUCCAUGUGUCUGGAGAGCAGCUUGGCCAGUUGACUGGAGUUGCUGCCAUUCUCCGCUUCCCUGUGCCAGAACUUUCUGACCAAGAGGAGGAUUCCAGUUCUGAAGAGGAUUGAGACUAAAGCUUUAGUUUGCCUGCUUCUUCACUGUUAACCACUUCGCAGCAUCCCUUGACAACUGCACGAGAGCCGCUCUGAUUGGUGGAUUGCUCGUGUAUUUGGUCAGGCCAUGUGCUUGGUAGGGCAUGUUUUAAAUAAACCGAAAGGAAAUAA